CUCCAGUGUAUUUUAGACUGUUAAAGUUAAAACUAUAUUUCGACGAAUAAGUAUUUUAAUUUAAAAGACAUUUUUCGCCACAACAUGGCGUCCAAAAUUAUACUAUUCCUGUCGUUCGUCGCUCUCAGCAACGCUGGGUUUGUUUGGGUAGAUGAUGAUGAUGAUGACACUUUCCCAAAAUUGAGACAGAUAUAUGUACCUCCCUUGCCUCAACCCCCUCCUCUUCCAUACGUUCCUGGUCUACCACAGCCGCCACCUCUCCCCCAGCCACCACCACUAUUCGGCUUUGACUUUUCUCACCCACGAGUACGAUUUCCCCCAAUACCGCCUAUUGUACCCUUUGUUAAUAUACCCUCACCUGACGAAAUCCUGGAUAUCAAGCCAAAACCAGGCCAAUUCUUCAAUGGGAUUUCAGUCAAAUCACACAGCGGUUUCGCUACGGACAGUGAUGGUAAACCUGUGAAGACUGGCGGUACGACAGUGGUUAUUAACGAUAAUGGAGAAGUUGAAGAAAAAAAAAUUGGAGAUGAUCCUCCCAAAAUCCGCAAGUCGAAAAAAAAAUCAUCGGUAAGCUUUUAACAUAACAAUUAACUAAUGAAAUACAAUAAUUAGAUAUAUAAAAAUGUAAUAAUAUGUACGUUUAUUUUAUUGUAGAACAACUAACUUUUAUACUUAAAGUGGAGAUCGCAUUAGGAUUUACAGGCACCCAAAUUUAAGCCAGCAUUUGACCCAUUUGUCUUCGAACCCAUUACCUUCAAACCAUUUGUCUUCGAGCCGAUAACUUUUAAACC